AUGGCACAACUCAAUUAGGAAACUUAAAAUUAGCUUUAAGAGUUCAACUCUAUUAUAAAAUUAUUAGAAUUAAAAGACAAAGAUAAAUUAGGCAUAUAAUCUCUACCAAAAGAAAAAAAAUUAGCUAUUUUGCAACUAAGAGAAAAAAUCUAAGUUAAAAACGAUUUUAACAAUUAUGGAAAGAAUUCUGAGGAGAUAACAGAAUAUUUUAUUCAAAAAAUGGAGUUAAAUGCUUAGUUUGAGGAUAUAAUUGCUUUUUAUGAAUGGAUAUCUUAUCAAAUCAAAUACAACUAAAAAUUAGAUCAUUUAGAGCAAUCAGGAGGAGUUGAUGCUAUCAUUUUUGCUCUUACAUAGUAUGGAUCUUUAAAGCAUGAUAGUGCAAAAAAGUUAUUUCUUCUACAUAUUCUUAAAAUACUUACAGUCGACUACAAAGAUGUUUUCGAAGAUAGCACUAUUUUCCUUGAUAAAUUAAUUUAGUCAGAUCUUGUACAUUCUUUUCCUGAAAUGCUUACCCCUGGUCAGAAUGAAAUAAAUAGCUUGCUGUUAAUUUUGAUGGAUCAGAUUUCAUGGUAUAGUGAAGAAGCUUUAAAGUUUAUUUUAGAAGGAUUUGAGGCUUUAUAACAGAAAAAUAACUAUCCAAAUAAGUUUACACCUUUAACAAUAGUUCUAAGUAAAUCAAAAAGCUCAAUAUUUACAUAGAAUAUGUGUUCUUUCUUGAAUUCAAUGUGUUAAGCUUUCUAGAAUCAUUUUAAAAAUAUCUAAAUAAUUGAUGACUUUCAAAAUUCAGGCCUAUUAGAUCUAUUGACAGUCUAAGCUGUGAAUAAUAUUUAAUAAGGUUAAUUUAUUAUCGAUGAUUGCUAUUUUAUUAGAGAAGAUUAUUAUGGGGUUUCUGGAGAAGAAAUAUUUUUUGUAGCAGAUUUUGAAAGAAGAGAGUUUAACUGUAAUAAAUUUUUUUACAAGAAAGAUUAAAAUGAAGGUGACUUCUAAAGUUAAAUAAUUACUUUAUUUAUCUAAAUCCACUAGCUUCAAGAUAAAUCAGUAAAUCGUAUGAGGGAAAGAGAAGCAUAAUAUCAAAAGGAAUUAUAAGCCAUUUAGUAAAAAAAAGUGUAAUAUAAUUCUGUCAUUAAAGAAGAAUAAGAAGAAGAAUAUGUAGAGAAAGUUAAAGGCUCUUAAAAAUAAGCACAGCUCGAAGAGAGAUUCAAAAGUGAGAUUCAAAUGAGAGAAAAGGAAAAAAUGGAAUAAAAUCAUAGUUAGGAUAAUGAUAUGAAAAAAGGUUUUGGUAGAUAAAAUGGAAUAGGAAAAGAAAAAUCUGAAGAAAAAAAUCAAUUAUGGUAAACACAAUAAAAGAUUUAAGCACUUGAAAAAGAGAUUGAAAGACUAAACCAGAAGCUGAAAUAGCAGGAUUCGUAGGAACAAGUUUCUUAAAAUAUUUUGAAACAGCAAUUCCUCUAAGGGUAGUUACUGGAGAAUUAAAAAUUAGAAGAAAAGGAAAAAAUUAUUUCAAAAUAUAAAUAGGAAAACAUUUAGCUUUUAACAAAAGUGAGUGAAUUAGAGCAAUCAAAAUAAUAGGCACUAGAAUAGUUGUCUCUUUCUAAGUAACAAAGCUAGUUGUAGAAUCAAAUAAAUCAAUAAAUGUAAAAAAAUGAAGAACUAAGUGAAAAAAUUAAAUAGCUGAAUGAGAAUUUAAGCAGUGUUACUUUCAAAUAUGAAGAAUAUAAAUCAUCAAAAGAGAAAGAAAUCUCUUAAUUGAAUUUAACUUUGUCUGCUAUAAAAGCAAAGCAAUCUGUUUCAGAAGAAAAUAAAAAUAACAUUUUAGAAUAAAAUUAAAUAAUGAAUUUGAGAUUAUCAAAAUUAGAUUCAGCCUCUAAAUAGCUAGACUCUAUUGCAAAUAAUCACUCAAAAGAAUCUGUUAUUAAAUUAGUUGAAUCCUAAUUUUUAUAAGAGAUAUCAGAUUUAAAAGAAUAAAAUUAAUUACUUCAAUCAUAAAUUAAUAAAUUAAAAUCAAACUAAAACCAAUAAAAUAUUGAUAAAUUAUCAAUUCCUGAAAAUCCCUAGAUACCUGUAGCUCCUUUACUUGGUUCUUAGUAUCCUUCUUAAUUAGCAGUCCCAUAAGCUCCAAAUUUAGGAAUUCCUUAAGCUCCUUAAAUACCAGGAAUUCCCUAAGCUCCUUAGAUACCUGGAAUCCCUCAGGUUUCUUAAAUUCCAGGAAUUCCUUAGGCUCCUUAAAUAGCAGGAAUUCCUUAAGCACCUUAAUUAUUUGGUAUUCCUUAAGCCCCAUAAAUCCCAGGAAUACCUCAAGCUCCUUAAAUACCUGGCAUUCCUUAAGCUCCUUAAAUACCUGGCAUUCCUUAAGCUCCUUAAAUUCCUGGAAUUCCUCUAGCUCCUUAAAUACCUGGCAUUCCUUAAGCUCCUUAAAUACCUGGAGUUCCUCAAGCUCCACUAAUACCAGGAAUACCAUAAGCUCCCAAUUUUAGUGCUCCUCCUGCACCACAAAUUAAUGGAAUAGGAAUUCCGCCUGUUCCUUAAUUAGGUAUACCUUCAGUACCUUCUUUACCAGGUUUUGGUGCACCUGCUGCCCCAAGUUUAAAUAUCCCUGGGGCUCCAAUAGCUAUGGCACCUAUUUUACCAGGUUUAAUGGCCCCUUAAGUUUAGUAAGGAAUAAAACCAAAAAAAAACCCUGGAAUUCCAAUGAAAGGAGUUAAUUGGCAAACUUUGAAGUUUUAAGACAUAUAAGGUACAAUAUGGGAAAAGGUUAAAGAAGAAAAUAUAGCUCUUGAAGAAGAAUAUUUAAAGUAGACUUUCAGUUAGAAAGCUACUUUAUAAAAGGCAUAGAAUACAACUUAGUAAAAUCCAGAAUAGCAAGCAUCAAAAAAAAUUACAUUCUUAACAUUGGAAAGGCAGUAAAGUGUUUUACUUAUACUAGGUAAAAUCAAACUAAAAGGUGAACAAAUUGCAGAGAUGUUAAUCAGCUGUGAUCCAACUAGGCUUACUUAAAAUCUAAUUACUUCGUUGCUAGCCUCUUUGCCAAACGAAUAAGAGAUGAUAAUGGUUUAAUCUUAUGAUGGAAAAAUUGAAAAUUUAGGUGAUGCAGAAAAAUAUUUUAAAGCUUUGGAAAAAGUAAAUGGGUAUGAAGAAAGACUGCAAGCAUUAAAAUUCAAAAAUUUAUAUCCAGAAACAAAGGAGUUUUUAACAUCUAAAACCACAUUGAUAGCCCAAUUUUUAGACUCUCUUUUAAAUGACCAAAGAAUUACAAUUAUAUUGGAAAAUGCUCUUGCUCUUGGUAAUUACAUGAAUGGAACAGGUUUUAAAGGAGGUGCCUGGGGUUUUAAAUUUUCAAAUAUUGAUAAAAUGGUAGAAGUAAAAUCAAUGGAUGGCAAAGUGAAUCUUCUUAUGUAUAUGAUAAGCAAUAUAGAGAAAAAAGAGGGUAAAGAAAUAGUUAAAGUUGAUGAAGACUUGAAAAUUUUAGAUGAAUGCACUAAAACACCAAUCAAUUAGUUAAUUUCAGAAAUUGCAGACUUAAAGAGAGGAGUUAAAACCUUGGAAAAAUCUAUUAAAGUGCAGACUUCUAACGAACAAGAUAAAAUCAAGGAAUAAAUAGAGCCAUUUUACUUGCAAGUAUAGCCUGAAAUUACUGAAUUAGAAAAGCAAGUUAAAGAUCUAGAAGCAAAAUAUAAAACUGUAGCUGAAUUUUUCUGUGAAGAUCCCAGAAAGCUACCUUCUGAUGAAUUUGCUAAAUAAGUACUCAUUUUUAAAAAAUCAUGCAUAACAGCAAAGAUUUAGAAUAAAAACCUAAAAAGAUGA